UUGGUCAGCUCCGUGUUUAUUUUUUGUGCUUGCCUGUCCCUGGCUGGCCCAGGUGAAGCACAGCAAGACGUCUCAGCGCUUAUCAGCUCUUGGAGCCCUCAGCUGGGGGUGCUGCAAACACAAACCAUCUGUCAGGCUGAGCUGGGAUCAGGAAGAUCAUCUUCCAGAGCCAAGGACAACAGAGAAUUUAUUGGAAGGAUGCUCUGAGGGAGGCCAGGGAAGGAAGCUGGACCCUGCUGCACAUACCAGGAGAGGAUCUGCUGCUCCCCAGCUCGUCCCGGGGUGCUCCAAGUGCUUCAUUUUCUGUGCAAAACUCUCCAGCUGAUUUGGCAGGAUGUGCAUGGCAAUAUAACAUGGCAGCUUUGGGAUAAAAGAAACCGAGGUUACCUCACUGAGGAGUCACUCCCAGCCCUGCUCAUCCUCUGAGAAACAUAAACCUGCUGGAUGCUGAACACACUUUUCAAACCCAGCCCACGGACCGAGCCCCGCUGCUGGCUCCGGGAGCCCGAGCAGAAGGAGCUGUCGGGAUGGAUUUAUGGCUUUAAAAGGAGCGGAGGGGCAGGAAGGAAAAUCCCCCGCAGGAGCCGCAGCUCGCAGCGCAGCCCGGCAUGGCUCGCCGUGCCUGAGCUCGGCACUUUCCUGAGCCCACGCGUGGAUUUUGGGCGUUCCGGCCAGCAGCAGGCUCGGCGAUGUUGGCCAAGGUGAUUUUUUCCCUUUUUCUGUGGCUGCGGGUCGCUGCGGGGCAGGACCCACCUGAGCCAGGUCCCCAGCCGUCCACCUCCAACAGCGAGGGCGACCUCCUCUUCCUGCUGGACAGCUCCGCCAGCGUCUCCCACUACGAGUUCUCCAAGGUCAAGGAAUUCAUGUGGGACCUCCUGCGCCCCCUCACCUUCGGCCCCAGGGACGUGCAGACCAGCAUCAUCCACAUCAGCACCACUCCCACCAUGGAGUUCCCCUUCGACCGGCACGCGAGCGGCGGCGCCCUGCGCAGGGCCAUCGGCGACACGCGGCAGCUGAUGGGCGACACCAACACGGGCAGAGCCCUGUCCUACGCCAGGGAAAAGCUCUUCAGCGGCCAGGCCGGCGCCCGCCCAGACGUGCCCAAGGUGCUGGUGUGGGUGACGGACGGCUUCUCCACGGAUGACAUCUCGGAGCCCAUGCAGCUGCUGAAGGACAGGGGCGUCACCGUGUUCAUCGUCAGCACCGGCCGCGGGAACUUCCUGGAGCUGUCGGCGGCUGCCAGCCAGCCCUCGGACAAACACCUGCACUUCGUGGACGUGGACGACCUGCCCAUCAUCACCGAGGAGCUCAGGGAUGCCAUCCUAGAUGUCAUCCGAGCCAACCGGCUCCACGCCACCGACGUCACCUCCAGCAGCUUCCGCCUGGUGUGGCCCCAGCUGCUGUCCCAGGACAGCGGCUUCUACAGCCUGCAGUACAGCCCCCGAGGGGACCCCGCAGGGACCAGGACCCUGCAGGUGUCGGGGGCCCUCAGCAGCCUCCUGCUCACCAACCUGGCGCCAGAAACCACCUACGAGGUGGCUCUGACCCCCGAGUCCAACGUGCACUACUUCCCCGCCCAGAGAACCAGGGUCACCACUCUGCCAGAGGAAACCAGCCCAGUUCAGGUUCUCAUCUCAGACUCUGGACCCCACAGCUUCCACGUCAGCUGGGCUCCCGUGCUGGACAGCGUGGCCACCUACCAGGUGCUGUACGGGCCGCUGCCAGGGAACUCGGCCAAGCUGCUGCAGGUGGAUGGGGGGCACAACGGCACCCUGGUGGAGCACCUGGCACCCAACACCACCUACCUGGUGACAGUCACUGCCAUCUACAGAUCGGGGAAGGAGAAAUCCCUGUCGGCCAAGGCCUGCACCCAGGAAGGUGCACAGCGUGCUGCUCAGCGGCCUGGCCCCGGGCAGCAGGGCCAGGGUGUGCGUGCAGCCCGUGUACAGCAGCCAGCCUGGCAGGAGGCUCUGCCGCGCCGCGCUCAGGCAGCCAGCCACAGAGGCCCAAGGAUACAGGCACAGAGAGCGUGACAGGCUGCAGUGAGCUGACCCCCAGCACAGCAGAGGCCUUGAACGGACAAAAAUGUGGAC